UCUACCUAGACAGGAGAGGAGCCAUCAGUGAGAGACUUGGGAAGGGAGCACACCGGGAGGCAGCCCUCCAAGGGAUAAAACCCCGCCCACCCGUCUGAACCUGGAGCCAAUUGGCUCCUAAAAGGCGCCGUGAGAUCCUCCGAGCCCUUUGAAGCUCCGCCCAUUUCUUCGGACCCUACGGAACUUUCUUCUGAGCGUCGGAACAAGACCGCGCAGGCGCAAUUGCACUGCUCGGGCCCCAGCGGAAACCACGCCCCUCACCCAAUCCUUAAAGGGCCAGAAGCAGCUUCUACUGCUCCUGUCCUUCCGCACUUUUGGGGGGUGGGGUGCGCAGGCGCAGUGGAGGAGCUCUGGGGUGGGGGUAGUGGUCGAGUAUCAAGUUGCUCUCUGUCCCGGCAGAAGAAGCCGGGGCGCUGAGGGUCCAGGCUCCAGACUGCUCCCCUUUACAUCAGUUGGAGGAGAAAAGUUUGUGAAUUGGGCCUCCAAGUUUUGGGAAACCUGAGCUUGCGGCGAGGGGUGACAAAGAAGGUUCAUUGGAGCUUCCCGCAUGGAGCUCACCCAGCCUGCAGAGGACCUCAGCCUGACCCAGCAGCCCCCCACCCCAGAAUUUGGGGACCCUGAAGACCCCAGGGAUGAGGCCCCAGAUGGCUCAGACACAGUGGUGCUCAGUCUCUUCCCCUGCACUCCGGAGCCUGGGAAUCCUGAAUUGGAUGCUGGUGCCUCUUCACCUCAGGGCAGCUCCCUGAAACACUCCACGACCCUCACCAACCGGCAGCGGGGAAAUGAAGUCUCGGCCCUGCCGGCCACCCUGGACUCCCUGUCCAUCCACCAGCUUGCGGCCCAGGGAGAGCUGAGCCAGCUGAAGGAGCAUCUGAGGAAAGGCGACAACCUCAUCAACAAGCGGGACGAGCGUGGCUUCACUCCCCUCAUCUGGGCCUCGGCCUUCGGAGAGAUUGAGACCGUCCGAUUCUUGCUUGAGUGGGGUGCUGACCCCCACAUCUUGGCCAAGGAGCGGGAGAGCGCCCUGUCAUUGGCCAGCACAGGUGGCUACACAGACAUUGUGGGGCUGCUGCUUGAGCGUGACGUGGACAUCAACAUCUAUGACUGGAAUGGAGGGACGCCACUGCUGUAUGCCGUACGUGGGAACCAUGUGAAGUGUGUGGAGGCCUUGCUGGCCCGAGGAGCUGAUCUCACCACUGAAGCUGACUCUGGCUAUACCCCAAUGGACCUCGCUGUGGCUCUGGGAUACCGGAAAGUGCAACAGGUGAUCGAAAAUCACAUCCUCAAACUCUUCCAGAAUAACCUGGUGCCCGACGAUCCCGAGUGAAGGCCACCUGCCCCACAGGGACUCAGACACUCAGGGAACAAAACAGUUGACCCAGAGUUGGGGGAAACCGGCAACUGGCUUCAAAGGCAGCUCUUGGACAGACGGGGGGGAUGGGAUCAUUCCCAGCAGAAAUCAAUAAACCUGUGCAGAA